AUUAAAAUAUAUAAGGGGAAAAGCAGAAGAAGAGGAGAGGAAUCAAACAGUUGAUGGGGAGAAGUCCCAGAUGUCGCUGACAACUACGCCUUCUUUUCAAAUCUGGCGGAGGUUCAUCGCAGCCUCCCCUAUAACUUGUCCUUCAUCCCUCUCACUUGUAUCCGUAUCCAAAUCCCCUCUUCUUAAAAGCCAUAGAAUAGCUGCCUCUCUCCGCUGCUAUUCCUCUUCUACAAGAAUGGGUGACGCCAUUGCUGAUGCUAACAUGGACGCUGUUCAGCGCCGUCUCAUGUUUGAAGACGAAUGUAUUCUGGUGGAUGAGAAUGACCGUGUUGUUGGUCAUGACACCAAGUAUAAUU